AUCAUCUGUGCGAAGCCAGUGGCGUUCGCCGGGCGAAAGUCCAGCUUGUGACGGAUUGAUGUAGCGAUGAACCGAGACCGCAGAAAAGCUCCGAUCUCAACCAAGCGGGAGGAUGAAGCCGUCUCUCCUAUCGAACACGAGUAUAAACAGCUGGAACCGCUUACGUGGUCACCCGAAGUUUACCUAGCUUUCAAAGUUCUGAUCUCCGCGCGCCUCUGUGCAGCUGUUUGGAGCAACAUCUCCGAUUGCGAUGAAACCUACAAUUAUUGGGAACCCACGCACUACCUCAUGUACGGAUCCGGUAUGCAAACAUGGGAGUACAGUCCGCUGUACGCCAUCCGCUCGUACGCCUACUUGUGGAUCUAUGCACUCCCCGGGCUGGUGUACGACAAUCUCCUCCAGAAUCAACGGAUGCUCGUAUUCUACUUCAUGAGAUGCGUAAUCGGUUUCGUCGAAGCCGGCUGUGAGAUCUAUUUCUACCGCGCGAUCCGCCGGAAAUUCGGUGAUCACGUCGCCAAGCUGUACGUCCUCCUGUCAACGUUCUCCGCCGGCAUGUUCAUAUCUUCGACGGCGUUCCUGCCGUCGUCGUUCGCCAUGAAAAUGCUCAUGGUCUCGUACGCAGCGUGGUGGAAGCAGAACCUAUUCCUCGCGGUGUUCGCGACGGCGCUCAGUGUAUUCGUCGGCUGGCCCUUCGCUGGAGCACUGGGGAUCCCUAUCGCGAUUGACAUCGUGUUCUACCGGAGAGAAAUCCAACAAUUCGUGCGUCACGGAAUACUGUCGGUGAUGAUUAUCCUGCCGAUCGUGAUGGCAAUAGACACAUUUUAUUUCGGCAAGUCCACUAUCGCCGCGCUGAACAUUGUGGCGUAUAAUGUUUUCUCAGAGCACGGACCCAACCUGUACGGCACGGAGCCAUUGUCCUUUUACCUGAAGAACGGCGUCAUCAACUUCAAUUACGCGUUUCCGAUGGCACUCGCAGCUUUGCCUUUGCUGCUGCUCACAAAAUUGUAUAAAGUACCUACCGAGAGGCUCCAAGCACUACCUCUUCUAGGGAUGUAUAUUUGGUUCGCGAUAUUUUUCAGUCAGCCCCACAAAGAGGAACGCUUCCUCUUCCCCGUGUAUCCGCUGAUCAACUUGAACGCCGUGGUAACGUUCGAUCUCAUUCAAAGAUGGGCUCAUAGGCUGUUCUUCAAGGGAGGGGCGUCAUCAAUAAAACACCAUCUGGAAAUCAAUGAGAAGUGGUGGCUCAUCCCCUUGAUGCUCUCCUGCUUCCUCGGAAUGAGUAGAAGCAUUCUCCUGUACAAAGGCUAUCACGCUCCCAUAACCACUGGGAUGGAACUCGGGAGACUCGCAAAUCCCGAGUCAUUGAACAGACCCCCCGUCCCGAGCCAACCGGUCCAUCUGUGUGUAGGCAAGGAAUGGUACCGCUUCCCGAAUAGUUUCUUCCUUCCCGAUCAUUGGGAACUUCACUUCAUUAAAUCAGAGUUCCGCGGUCAACUGCCGAAACCUUUCGAGAAAGGGAAGUUCGCUACGCGUCGCAUCCCGACGGACAUGAAUGACGCCAACAAAGAAGAGGUCAGCCGAUACUUUCCGCUGUCCAAGUGCAAUUACCUAAUCGACUCUGAAACAGUCGUUGUCAGCAGCAGGGAGCCAAAUUUCACGAAACACCCGGACUUCCGAGUCGUGCAUAGCACCAUGUUCCUGGAUACCGCAAAUUCGCCGAUCUACUCUCGUCUAGUCUACAUCCCGCUAGUUUUUGAAACGAAGAGCUCAUUCAUAAAGUAUAACAUCCUAGAAAACGUAAAAUUACCCAUCGUGUACAAAAAUAAUGGAAAGGAAUAA